GUGCAUGCUCUCAUCGUCGGGAACCAUGCCCUCACGAACACCUUCAUCGCUCAGAGACAUGCACCACCAAAAUGCAUCAGCCUACACCCUUGACACCGUUCAUCAUGAUGACCCUGAAAUUAUGGAGUUUGCAGACGAUAGAGCUCCUCUCAUUGCACCAGAUUCCGAUGCUGGCUCAAUUUAUGGAGCCACUCCUGCACAUUCGCAGGCACCUCGUACAUCUUCCCCGAGAUUAUUACUCAAGGCUGCCAUCAGGAUGGCUACUGUGUUUGUACUGAGUUCGAUCCUCCUGGGUGGAACUCUUUGGCUGACCCUUCCCACCCUUGACGAAGCCGACCGACCGUCACUCCGUAUACCGAAAUCAUUUGCUCAACUGCAGGCUCUCAAUGCCAUUUUGAAAAAAUACCGUGACAUCUACCCGUUCCGUAUCGUAAUAUGUUAUGCCAUCACAUAUUUAUUCCUACAAGCAUUUUCUCUUCCUGGGUCGAUGUAUCUAUCUAUACUCGGCGGAGCGGUAUGGGGUGUGCCGCGCGCGCUUCCACUUGCUUGUACAUGUGUUGCUACUGGUGCAACUUUGUGUUACCUCAUCAGCGCUGCAUUUGGCCCUGCACUCCUUACCGUACCAAAGUGGAAAGCCCGUCUGGACAAGUGGUCAGACAAGAUACGCACACAGAAAGACAACGUUAUAUCAUUCCUAAUCGUCCUUCGCAUUGCUCCCCUCCCUCCGCACUGGGUUGUCAACGUAAUUUGCCCCCACAUCGGCAUUGGAAUUGUACCAUUCUGGAUCAGUACAUGGCUCGGUAUCUUCGGCGUAACUGUCAUACACACUACGAUUGGAGGUGGUCUAGACGAGAUGACAUCUGCUGCGGAUUUCCAUCUCAUUUCGUGGCGCAAUUUCUUCCUAUUAUCCGCAGUGUUGGUAGGCGUCCUCAUACCUGUGGGUUUACGCUACUAUUUCAAGCGCGAGAUUGCUUCCGUGGCCGACGUGGAGCAAGGAGGGUUGGAGGAAGAGUUUUUUAACCAGAGCGAGGAUCACAUCCUGGCGGUGGGUCCAAGAGCUCAAGUCAAGAAAACGAGAGCAGCGCCGUUGGUUGAACUCUCCGAUGAGGAGACCGAUACAUACUCUGAAGACGAAGACGACGAUGUUAUUCUAGAAGCAGGGCCAGCAAUCGUUAUCAAGGCUCCCGAGGAGCCCGCGCAACAAGGUGAUGGCAGUAGAUAUAUUGACCUCCUAUAGCAUGAUACUCAGUCUCGUCGUGUGUAUUGGUACUUAUACUGUUUUCUCCACAUGCAAUCAGCUAAUCACAUUGCUAGUUCUAUAUUUAGAUUGUAUCUGGACAUUGUACAAGUAAUACAUAUACAUAUGCCAUUAUCUGCUUACCAGCC